AGUGCAACUUGUCUCAAUAAUACUCCUUCUAUCCUUAGCAGAAAAAUGGCUUUCAACAAUGCUCAACUGAAUCCUGCAGCAGUAUUCAGCAAUAAAGGGUUCAACAGUCCUGCAACCUACUCUCGGUACCUUCGCAGGUUCCGAGAUCGUCCCAUCUAUCCCUCCUUCUCAAUUCAGCCUUCUGGCUUCUCCAAAUAUGACAUGAACAUUUCCUCUCUCAUUGAUGGUCUUGGAUGGGGCUCAUUGACUGAGAACAUGAGGUUUAGCUAUUGUUCCGAGGCAGAACACAUGUUCUAUGUCAACCUCGUUCCGGGUCCUGGGUGCGACCCAACCUUCUUCACAACCACUGUGUUCAAUUAUGAGAUCACAGUUACUCCUUCUCUCUUUGCCAACUUCCUCAAUCUCCCUCACAUAGGACUUCGGGCAGGCACAGAUGGUGAAUUUGUUGCUCGAGGCUUUCGCUUUGAUGCUGCUCUUGCACGCUACACUCGUGAUAUCGGGGAAUUCUUUCCUUCUCCACUCGUUGCUGGUCGUCUGCCUGAUGACUUGAAGGUGCUUCACUUCUUCAUUACUAGGUGCUUUCUGCCUCGUGAUCUCUCCAGCACUAAUCUCCUUCACUCAGCUGACCAAUGGAUCCUAUCUAAUGGCAAAGAAGGUCGCUCCAUCAGCUAUGCUUCACUAAUGUCCACCCACAUAGUUAAGUUUGGACUUGAAUACUAUAGUGGUCCUCUGCCCUUUGGACCCCAGAUCACCAAACUUCUCUACCGGUUGGGAAUUGAUCUGCGUGAUAAGAUCACACUCUGCAAUGUCUUGGAUGAUCUUCGUCCCCAGCAUGUCCUAGCCAAGCUGAAUGCUGAGCUUGGCCCCCGUAAGCCUGUCAAUGGCUCAGGGGGAGUCAUAACGAGUCCUGGGGAUUAUGUAUCUGGGAGACUUGUGGAUGCUCUUGUUGAUGCAGCUAUAUCAGUCAUCAAGCGCGAAUCUUCAAGUACUACAAAACAAACCACUGCUCUGAAGAGGUUGAGGCAACAAGACUUGAUGUGGCCCAAGUUUGUGUAUGAGUUAGGUGCAGUCAAUGACUCAAUUAGUGUUGACUCCGAGUCAGACGAAGAAGAUAAAAUUUUGUAGUAUGAGUCUCCACCUGAGUAUCCGUUUUAAGAGUUAUGGUUAGUUACCACAAAUGGAGUUUCUAGAGUCUUGGUAGUAUCGAGUGUGUAGGAGUGUGUCUUGAUAGGUGUGGAAUCUUUUACUAGUUAGGUUGAGUUCUUAAUGGGUUCUGUUCUUUUUAUUUGAAGUAUGAAUAAAAAGAUUCUCCUCAA